UGCGGAAGGUAACAUUUACCAAGUUAGUGGGAUUUAGCUGUUCAGGAUUGAGUUUUCGAUGCUCAGGACCCCUCAAACAUGAAGAAAUGCCUUGAAUACCCCUUGCUCCUCAUCACCUUGACGCUUCACGGCUCACUGCAGCAGAGAAUAAUUGGAGGACAGGAGGUUGAGCCCUAUUCCAUAAAGUACCAGGCCUCUGUUCAGUACAACAACUAUCAUUACUGCGGAGGAACACUCAUACACCCGCAGUGGGUGGUCACUGCUGCCCACUGCUGGAGACCGAGCUAUUUAAUCAAAGUGGUUUUGAGUGAACAUGACCUCUCCAAAAAAGAGGGCUUGGAGCAGAUGUUCAAUGUGUCCAGAGUUCUGGUGUAUUACAUGUACAAUUACAGGACAUUUGAUAGUGACAUUAUGCUCUUGAAACUGGAGAAGCCCGCAGAGCUCAAUGCCAACGUUCAGCCAGCCGUGAUGCCCACCUCACUCGCUCCUAUACCAGGGGGCACGAUAUGCAUGGUCAGCGGCUGGGGAGUCACUCAGGUCUACAGUUAUUACCUGUCCCCCGUCCUGCGUGCUGUGGAAGUCCAGAUCAUCCCUCAGUGUCAAUACUACUACUACUACAGAAUCACAGACAACAUGGUGUGCGCCGGCUCCCCGCUGGGCGGCAAAGACUCCUGCCAGGGCGACUCUGGCGGGCCUCUCAUCUGUAAUGGGUAUUUUGAGGGGAUCGUGUCCUGGGGCAUCAGCUGUGCCAACCCUUAUUUCCCAGGAGUCUACACCAAAGUCCGCAACUACGUCUCCUGGAUCAAAUGGAUAAUAGAAAAUGACAACAGCUAGACAACAGAAUGUCCUUUUUCCAAAGGUUGUUGAACUGUACUCCGGUCAAUGUCUAUCAGAUAAGAUGAAUACCAUCAUUAAAAGUUGUUUUAUUCUU